UACAUACAAAGUACCCCUGUGAAUAUCCAGUACACACUGUAGCCCGGUUUGUAACAGUGUGCCAUUUUUGUCAGUCGGCAAAGGUCUUUUCAAUGGCAGCUCCCAAGAAAGUCUGCAUUAUUGGCUCUGGCAAUUGGGGCUCUGCUAUUGCUAAAAUAGUGGGUUCCAAUGCUGCGCAGAACUCCAAGUUUGACAACACCGUGACCAUGUGGGUGUUUGAAGAGAUGGUGGAUGGUCGCAAGCUGACAAACAUCAUUAACACCGACCAUGAGAAUGUCAAGUACCUCCCUGGACACAAGCUACCCCCCAAUGUGUUGGCUGUUGCUGAGUUGGUGGACGCUGCCAAGGAAGCAGACAUCCUAGUGUUUGUGAUCCCCCACCAGUUCAUCGGCAGAGUGUGUGACACCAUGAAGGGGAAGAUAAAGAGCGAUGCACUAGGAAUGUCACUCAUCAAGGGUGUGGAUGAAGGUCCUGAUGGGCUGAAGCUCAUCUCUGAUGUGAUCCAGGAGAAGCUGGGCAUCACCAUGAGUGUGCUGAUGGGGGCCAACAUUGCCAACGAGGUCGCCGAUGAGAAGUUCUGUGAGACCACUAUCGGAUGUAAGAAUACAGAACAUGGGGCUUUGCUGAAGGAACUCAUGCAGACCAGUAACUUCCGGGUCACGGUAGUGGAGGAGUCCGAUGUGGUUGAAAUCUGUGGAGCACUGAAGAACAUUGUGGCGGUGGGGGCGGGCUUCUGUGACGGCCUGGGCUUCGGUGACAACACCAAGGCGGCGGUGAUCCGGCUGGGCCUGAUGGAGAUGAUUGCCUUCGCACGAAUCUUCUGCACUGCUGGGCCCGUCUCCUCUGCCACCUUCCUGGAGAGCUGCGGCGUKGCUGACCUCAUCACGACCUGCUACGGAGGCCGCAACCGCAAAGUGGCCGAAGCCUUCGCUAAAGGGGGGAAAUCAAUUGAAGAGCUGGAGAAAGAGAUGCUGAAUGGACAGAAGCUCCAGGGACCAGCAACAGCAUCUGAAGUUCAUGUCAUCCUAAAGAACAAAGAUCUGCUUGACAAGUUCCCACUAUUCAACGCUGUGUACCAGAUCUGCUACCAGGGCCAUCCAAUCACAGAGUUCAUCAAGUGUUUGCAGAACCACCCGGAGCACAUGUAGGCUAACAGACUGACCAAGUGCCAGGAGAAGGAUCAACACCACUUCCACUUUGUACCGGUUAGGAAAAUAUGUACACUCCACAGCUCUGAUGCAGCAAGCAGACCCCAUCAGACGACGUGAAGUAAAGUCUACUCUGUACUGCCUAAGGUGUUUUUGUAUGUACCUCUAUAGUAAAAGUGCUUUCCUCUUCCUGGUUUUCUACAAGUGUGACCCAGCCUGUUUUUGUUGUCACCCAAUCAGACGCCAGUGUCCAUCCUCAGAUGUUAUCUUGGUCCGUCCAUUGUGACCUCACUUCGUUAUUGUUUUGCUUAUUCAUGUUAAUUGUGGUAGGGCGUUGUAGCAGAUGUUAGGCUAUUUGUGUCCUUCUCGCUGUUUUAAUUCUGAAUCUCUCUGCAUUCUUUGAGAUUACUUAUACUUUAUGGAUCAUUAGGCUAGAUUUGCUUAGCACCUGUUAAAAACAAAUAAAAGUGCCUUUCAAUGCCACAUUGCAAAAAAAUA